GAGUCUAUUAUUUAUUUAUUUUUAGUGAAAUAAUUUGUAGAAACGUUGAAUUAUUAAGUAUAUAAGAAAGUGUACACACACAAAACAAGGCCAACGAGAGGCAGCCACAUAGAGCUUGAAGACAGUAGUAGCAGCAGCCUUCUUCUGUGACUUCGUUUCUGAGGCCUUUGUCUGCCUUCAAUGGCUUUUUUUGUUGGUAAAGCAAAGCUCUUCAGCAUUUUGGUGAUAUGGCUAUUCAUCUUAGUCUCCUUGGCUCAAGCAAAACAAGCAUCCUACUAUGAAUUCAAAUACCCAUUCAUCAAACGAGCAAGCUCUUUCUCUUCCCCAUCUUCGUCGUUUGCAUCCAAAGGAAACGACAAUCGUUUUGACUACAUAAUAGUGGGAGGUGGCACAACUGGGUGUCCCUUGGCAGCCACUCUAUCACAAAACUUCAGUGUAUUAGUACUUGAAAGAGGAGGGGUUCCUUUCUCCAAUGCAAAUGUCUCUUUUUUACGAAACUUUCACAUUGCCUUGGCUGACACCUCUCCUUCCUCUGCAUCCCAAGCCUUUGUUUCCACCGAUGGAGUCAUUAACGCCAGGGCUAGAGUCUUGGGCGGUGGAACUAGCAUCAAUGCUGGCUUCUACACCAGAGCAAGUUCAAGGUUCAUAAACAAAAUGGGUUGGGAUGAGAAGCUAGUAAACGAAUCGUUUCCAUGGGUUGAGAAGCAAAUAGUUCACAAACCUGUUGUUGCACCCUGGCAAAGAGCAUUCACGGACAGUCUUCUAUCAGUGGGUAUCUCGCCUUUCAAUGGUUUCACCUAUGAUCACAUCUAUGGAACCAAGGUUGGUGGAACCAUUUAUGACAGGUUCGGUCGUCGCCACACUGCUGCUGAGCUCCUAGCUACUGGGAACCCUCAGAAGCUCACUGUCUUGAUUCAUGCCACUGUCCAAAAAGUGGUUUUUGACACCACUUCAGGGAAGAAGCCAAAAGUAGUGGGAGUGAUCUUCAAAGAUGAAAAUGGGAACCAACAUCAAGCACUUCUUUCAGAAAGUCCGGAAAGUGAAGUGAUAUUGUCAAGUGGAGCCAUUGGGACACCUCAAAUGCUAUUGCUGAGUGGUAUUGGUCCAAGAAAUGAUCUCAAGAAGAUGAAUAUUCCAGUGGUUCUUGAUAAUGUGUUUGUUGGAAAAGGCAUGGCUGAUAACCCCAUGAACUCAAUCUUUCUUCCUAGUAAAAGACCUGUUCGCCAGUCAUUGAUACAAACCGUUGGCAUAACCAAGUUCGGUGUCUACAUUGAAGCCAGCAGUGGAUUUGGUCAGUCACAGGAUAGUAUUCAUUGCCACCAUGGAAUCAUGUCAGCUGAGAUUGGCCAGCUAUCAACGAUUCCUCCAAAGCAAAGAACACCAGAAGCCAUUCAAGCAUACAUCAAGAACAAAAAAGACUUGCCCCUCGAGGCAUUCAGAGGAGGAUUCAUUUUGGAAAAGAUUUCCAACCCCAUGUCAACAGGCCAAAUCACCCUCAAGAGCACCAACGUCGAUGAGAACCCUUAUAUCACCUUCAACUACUUCGGCCACCCACACGACCUUCGACGCUGCGUCCAAGGCAUACGCAUGGCUGUAAAAGUUGCUCAGUCAGAACACUUCGCCAACUUCACUCAAUAUGACAGUCCAUCGAUGGAGAAGGUGCUGAACAUGAGUUCCAAGGCUAAUGUCAACUUCGUACCUAGGCAUACGAACGACACCAAAUCCGUGGAGCAGUUCUGCAAAGACACUGUGAUCACCAUUUGGCACUACCAUGGAGGAGCUCACGUGGGCAAGGUUGUUGACACUAAAUACAAAGUCCUUGGUGUUGACAGGCUUCGCGUCAUAGAUGGUUCCAUCUUUACUGAAUCUCCAGGGACUAAUCCACAAGCUACUGUUAUGAUGAUGGGCAGGUACAUGGGAGUGAAGAUCUUGAGAGAGAGACUGGGAAGAAGAGCUGGUAUAUAAUGAGGUUAAUAAACAGGCUUGUUACGUGCGUAGGUAGAAGAGGAGGUGUUGUGGGUUUGUGUGAGGAGUGUUAGAUGAUUUUGUGGAAGAAAAAAAAAGUGCAUGUUUGAUUAAUGUAUUCAUUUUGUUUAUUAAUGCAUUUUCUAAGCAAGCAAGAAUGUGUAAAAAAAUUGGAGUGAAGCUUGCUUCGAUCUGGUAAUUAGGUAGUUCCUAAGUCUGACUCCAUAUAUGGUCAGUGCCAAUCUUGUCGCGCUGGCUUAAGUGUUGUGUGUGGUAGAUGAAAAUUAUUACUAUUACUUUUUUUUUUUCCAAGAUUCUUGAAUAUGAGAACUGAUAUUUGAGAUCAAAGUAAGUUCUUAAUUUCUAGUUAGGAAUCUAUAACUUUCCAUCUUAA